AUGUCCAUUCUUAAUUUUCCUAAUGAAAUUCUCGUCGAUAUUUUUAUACAUGUCAGAAUCUUAAUCAAUGUAAUCUUUGUCUGCAAAGAUUUUAAAAUUAUUAUUGUUGAUCCUUCCUUUAAAAUCAAAUGGUUGUCCUAUCAUAAUUUAACGUCUAGAAAUCAUACUUUCUUUGAUACAGAAACUAUAGAAACUAUCAAGAUAAAAUUCACAAAAGAAUUUAUAACAAGACUUGCGAUGAAUUUACAUAUUACAAAUUCUCUUGAAAAUCGUAAAAAAGCAUUUGAAAUUUUUAACGAGAUUAAUUGUAAUCUUUGGUUAGGAUAUUAUUACCAACAUGGAUUUCAAUUUGUUGAAAUCGAUGAAAAUAAAGCUUUGAAAUAUUAUCACAUGGCUUCGAUUGAAGAUCAAUCUGAAAAAGAUAUUCUUCAAGAAGCUCUUCUUAGAAAAACUAUUCUCAUGAUGAGAAAUGAAAAAAAAGUAAUCGGUGAUAAAAUAGUAGAUAUUGAUAAAGAUGAUAAAAUUCAGAUAAUGAAUACUUUUAAAGAAAUUGCUGAAUUUGGAAAUAUCGAAGCCUCUUUUAUCUAUGGUACUAUUUUAAUUAGUGGAAAAUUAGAUAAUGAAAUAGAUCUUUUAGAAGGACAUAACUAUAUAUUUUAUGCUGCAUUAAAUGGUCAUAAAAAUGCUAAAACAUUCUUAAAUAAGAUGUAUGAUGAUAUUACAGAUCUUUUUAAUAAUCACACUCAUGUAAUCUAUUCUGUCAAUAAUUAA